CUUGUGGGCUUGUCCAACCGAAAGCUUUUGUUUCAGGCUUUGAGCUCCCUGCUCUGGGAUCUCCCAUCAAAGCCAGAAGCACUGUGAAAUGACGAUUUUCUCCUUCUUCUCCGGAGCCUCCAGAGCUCUCGGUUCCAGCUCUUCUUCCUCUAAGCUUCUCGUUAUCCUCUCUAUCAGUAGUGGUGGUCUUGUGGCAUACUCAGAAUCACAAACAGAUGCUGGUGCACAAAGUGCUGAGAUCAAGCAAAAGGAACCCCAGAAGAAGAGAGUGGUGGUGCUUGGAACUGGAUGGGCUGGCACUAGUUUUCUGAAAGAUUUGGAUAUCUCAUCAUAUGAUGUUAAAGUGGUUUCGCCCAGGAAUUAUUUUGCAUUUACUCCUCUUUUACCUAGUGUCACAUGUGGAACAGUUGAAGCACGAAGCAUUGUAGAGCCAAUUCGGAACAUUAUAAAGAAGAGAAAUGGAGAAAUCCAAUAUUGGGAAGCGGAAUGUGUUAAGAUUGAUGCUGCAAACAAAAAAAUUCGAUGUCGGUCUGUCAUUGACAACAGCUUGGUAGGCAAUGAAGAAUUUCUUGUAGACUAUGACUACUUGGUUAUAGCAAUGGGAGCACAAGUAAAUACUUUUAACACCCCUGGCGUCAACGAACACUGCCAUUUUCUAAAGGAAAUAGAGGAUGCUCAGAAGAUCCGAAGGAGUGUGAUUGAUUGUUUUGAAAGGGCAGUCCUUCCUGACUUAAGUGAUGAAGAGCGAAGGAGAAACCUUCAUUUUGUUAUUGUUGGAGGGGGUCCCACUGGUGUUGAAUUUGCUGCAGAACUACAUGACUUCAUCCUAGAAGAUUUAGUCAAGCUAUAUCCUAUGGUUAAAGAUCUUGUGAAAAUAACAGUGAUCCAAUCAGGAGAUCAUAUCUUAAACAUGUUUGAUGAGAGGAUUAGUUUAUUUGCUGAAAGGAAGUUUGGAAGAGAUGGUAUUGAAGUUCAAACAGGAUGUCGGGUUACAAGUGUUUCCGAUAAGGCAAUAACCGUGAAGGUGAAAUCAAAGGGAGAAAUUUGUUCUGUGCCUUAUGGAAUGAUCGUGUGGUCCACUGGUAUUGUCACUCGCCCAGUUUUGAGAGACUUUAUGGAUCAAAUUGGCCAGAAUAAAAGACAUGUUCUAACAACUAAUGAAUGGUUGCGAGUAGAGGGAUGUGAUGGUGUGUAUGCUCUUGGUGAUUGUGCUGCUGUAGCUCAACGUCGAGUCAUGGAAGAUAUCUCGACCAUAUUUAAGACUGCGGACAAAGAUAAUUCUGGUACCUUAACUGUUAAAGAAUUCCAAGAUGUAAUUGACGACAUCCUCGUAAGGUAUCCCCAAGUGGAACUAUAUUUGAAGAACAAGCAUCUGAAUGAUGUGAAAGAUCUGUUGAAGGAUCCGCAGGGCCAUGAGAGAGAGGAAGUGGACAUUGAAGGGUUUAAGUCAGCCCUUCGUCAUGUGGAUUCACAGAUGAAGAGCCUUCCUGCAACCGCUCAGGUUGCUGCUCAACAAGGUGCAUACCUCUCUAGUUGCUUUAGCCGUAGGCAGCAAUGCCAAGAGACCCCAGAAGGGCCUUUACGUUUUAGAGAUUCUGGCCGUCAUCAUUUUCGUCCCUUUCGGUACAAGCAUUUGGGGCAAUUUGCCCCUCUGGGAGGAGAGCAAGCAGCUGCAGAGCUCCCUGGAGACUGGGUAUCCAUCGGCCACAGCACCCAGUGGCUCUGGUAUUCUGUAUAUGCAAGCAAGCAAGUGAGCUGGCGCACAAGAUUCUUGGUGGUAUCUGAUUGGACGAGGAGAUUCAUUUUCGGGAGGGAUUCAAGCCGAAUCUAAAAGCCUAAAACAAUUGCGAAAACUAGCAUAUCAAGCUCACCUGCUGUUCUGAUUGUGAUGCUUCCACCUUCUUCUCCUGUAAAUUUCUGUUGUUGUCUAUUUUUUGGGGAACUCGGUAUAUUGUAAUACUUAAGCAAUGGACAAUGCACUCGCGUUCUGAUGUAAUGCCAUUUCUGAUAUGAAUUUUAUGAUCAGCUAUGAAAGUUGAAAGGGAUA